CCCUUCAAAAUUUCAUUAUUCAACUCUCCUCAACGGCCUCAAGAGAUGUAGUAAAUAAUCACUAUGCAAUGUUAACAUCUUGUUUUAAUAAAAUCAUUAGUAAAGAUUCAACUCAUCAAUCAAGUCAUCCUAGCAUUAUUAAAGAUGUCAGUUUUGGUUCAUUCAAUUGCUACAUCGGUCAGUUUGGUCCUAGUGAUGCUGCUAGAUUGGCUAGUUUACCUGAAGUUGUUAAUGUAGAACGUGAUAUAAGAUUUAAAUUUGGUGGACGAGCAAUACUCGGUCCUGCUUUCUGUGAUGAUGAAUGUCCGAAUUACGAUGAUUUGGGUGGGGGUGCUUCCGGUGUUAGUAGCAGUGGCGUUAUUUCAGCAUUAAGUUUUAUAGGACAGGAACAUAUGAAUAGCUCUAACAAGAAUACAGUGAUUAAUAUGUCCUUAGUUGUCGCUGCUGGAAAUUUUGCAGAAGAUGCUUGUGAAGACACACCAGCAUCAGCACCUAAUGCCAUAACAGUUGCAGCUACUGAAACUAAUACGAAUACUAUUGCAAGUUUUUCAAACUUAGGAAAAUGUGUUAAUAUCUUUGCUCCAGGCACGGAUAUCAUGGCAGCUGGUAAUAGGUCUGCAACAGAUUUAAUAACAUUUUCAGGAACUAGUCAAGCAUCCCCUCACGUUGCUGGAACAAUUGCUCUGAUUAUUGCAUCUAGUGGAAAUAAAUCUCCUGAUGAAAUGAAGGAAUUCUUCGACUCAUUAUCUACAAAAGAUGUAGUAAAUGGUUCUAUUGGUGAUUCUCCAAAUAGAUUUCUACGUGUUCCAAA